CUAAGGUGCCACAAGUACUCCUUUUUCUUCUUUUGAAAAUCAAUUCUGUAAUCAAAGCGUGAGUGCUACAAGUGUGGGGAGGAUUCACGGGGGUUUUCGUACAGAACAACGUGGUUGAAUCCCUGCUUUAAGUGCAAAACUGAACUCCACACUAACGAUGGAGUUGCAACUGCUGUCUAUAAUACCGCAAAUACUAUUAAAGGUCUAAUAGAGCUGUACACAGAUUUAUUCUACUUAUUGUAAAUAUAGAACAAAUAUGUCGGCUCUUGAUUAUUACGUGAAUUGGUCACCUCCAAGAAAUGCAAAUGGUGCAGAAAGUGUAGGGAGUGGCAUUAUUCUCCUGGAGUCUGUAUAGAUCUAGUGCCCAGGUUUGAGCAUAGAAUCAACUUCCUAGCCUCUAGAGUUAGGGCACUGCUGGAGGUGCCAAGGCACUGGUCUAUAAGGUCCCCUGGCACCUCUCAUUAGAGCGGAGCUGUUCAGAGUUCAAUGUUCUGACUGAAUUCCAGUUUGGCUAAUUGCAUUCUGCCUCCCUAUAUUCAUUCCACUGCAAUGUGUUCUUCAUUUCCUAUCCUGGGUGUAUCCCCCACAGGGUCAAUUGCAUUUCAGUGGUGGAUGAAGUAAUCCCUAACCGUUGCUUGGGGAGGGAAAGAAGGGUUAAUUUGUCAAAGUGUAUAAAGCCCUUUGAGAGCCUCAGCUGAGAGGUGCUAAAGUAGAGCAAAAUAGAAUCGUAGAAAUGUGGGACUGGAAUGGACCUUGAUAGGUCAUCUAGACUGCAGACCCCUGCACUGAGGCAGGACUAAGUAUUAUCUAGACCAUCCCUGACUUGGUAUUUAGCCACCAAUGCCAUGAGGCGGUGUGCCUCAGUUUCCCCUUCUGCACAGUAGCAAGGGCAUAAUCUUGGAUGCUUAUUUCAGGUAGUGUUUUAGGAGAUGUCUUUUUCUGCCCUGGUCCCUCUCUGUCCCAGAGAGAACAACAAAAGACCACACAAACAAGAAACCUUCCCCCACAGAUUUGAAAGGAUCCUCCUCCCUCACUAGUCCCCCCCGGUCAGACGCCAACCAGGCCACCCGAGCUUCUUAGCCCCUUAUAGGUAAAAGAGGGAUUCCAUGCUCCCUUCGCUGUAUGUUUAUGACGUGGUGAUUCAUUUGGUCACAGAAGCUCAUGCUUAGGUUUACCAGUCCUCCAGGAUUGUCCUGGAGUCUCAGGAAUUAAAGAUUAAUCUUUAAUUACUGUGAUAGAGCCAGGCCAGUUGAGUACACCCUGACAGGUGUUUGUCUAAUCUGUUUUUAAAACCCUCCAAGGAUGGAGAUUUUACAGCCUCCCUAGGUAAUUUGUUCUUAACUACCCUGACAGGGAGCUUUGCCUAAUGUUUAACUUAAAUCUCCCUUGCUGCAAUUUAAGCCAAUUACAUCUUGUCCUGUCCUCAGUGGCUAUGGAGAACAGUUUAUCCUCCUCGUCAUAACAUUGUUUUACCUACUUGAAGACUGUUAUCCUGUUCCCUUUCAGUCUUCUCUACUCCAGACUAAACAAACCAGUUUUUUCAGUCUUGUUCUCUGAAAUGCUUGCAACCCCUCCCCUCUUUGUAUUGCCUGGAAACUUUACAAGUGUACUUUCUAUGCUGUUCUCCAAAUCACUUAUGAAGAUAUUGAACAGAAAUGGACCCAAGACAGAUCCUUCUGGGACCCCGCUCGAUAUGCGCUUCCAUUGAUAUAUACUCGCUGUGUGUGGUCACUGUUGUUUAUCAGUAUGCUCCAUAUUGUCCCUUCUUUUGACAUGACCACUUGUCUCAUGUGGUAGCUUAACUUCCCUCUGCUGUUCAGGAGUUUGUUGCAUUCUUUACCUUUGGAAAAUAAACUGUCUCUCUAGCUGGCAUGGAGUAAAAGCAGCAAGUCUGCACAGCAUCUGAGCAGAAGGGCAGGAAACUCGCAAGUAAGUGAAACCGUGCUCUUGCUGAUAACCGCUGGCUGGCUGCAGAGUCACUCACGAGGCUGCCAAGGUUGUUGCCUUAGGAAAUGGGGAAGAAAUGUGACAUUUCUGUGAAUAAGAAUAGCAGCAGCAUUUACACUUCCUUAGAUUGGAAUUAUAAGGGCUCCCAAUCUGCUUGCCUCAGGGCAUAAAGAUAUCAGCCAAAAAUCCUUGUUACAGUGCUGAAGUGAAGUAAAUGCAUCCGAUGAAGUGAGCUGUAGCUCACGAAAGCUUAUGCUCUAAUAAAUUUUAGUCUCUAAGGUGCCACAGGUACUCCUUUUCUUUUUGCGAAUACAGACUAACACGGCUGCUACUCUGAAACCAGUGCUGAAGUGGUAACUGAAGUAUGGAUAUCAACCAAAUUAAUCUAUGCACAGCAUAUCUGAAGCACCUGCCACUUUGGUAAUUUUUAUCUAUUGCCUUUGUAGAUCAUUGUCUUCCUCUACAACAUUAGGCACUGGUUACUAUUAGAUAAAGAAAAGGAGUACUUGUGGCACCUUAGAUACUAACCAAUUUAUUUGAGCAUAAGCUUUCGUGAGCUACAGCUCACUUCAUCGGAUGCAUUCAGUGGAAAAUACAGUGGGGAGAUUUAUGCUCAAAUAAAUUGGUUAGUCUCUAAGGUUCCACAAGUCCUUCUUUUCUUUUUGCAAAUACAGGCUAAUACGGCUGCUACUCUGAAACCUGUUGUUAAAUAAAGGAAAUCUGGCUGAACUGAGCAUUGGUCUGUUCUGCCAGGGUGCUAGAUACCAGAUCAGACGGAUCAUUCUUCUGUUCAGGUCUAGCAGGAGGUGGAAAGUGUAACUACCUGGAUCACUUGUGCAUUUGCUGUGGCAGAAGAUGGAAUGCUUGAGCAGAUGGCCUCAUGGUCUACCCCUGUUUUGGCACUUGUUAUAUUCUUAUUUUUCUAUGACAAUAGAAAGGAGGCCUAAUAACCCCUCUAAUGAAACCGACUGCUCCACCUACAGAGUGGAUCACAGUGGUGAGCAAACUCCAGGGCAGCUGCCAUGAUGAACGUCACACUGAAUUAAAAAGCGACUGUAAGCCCUGCAAGACGGGUCCUGUCACACUGUUUGGACGGACAGCACCUAGCGCAACGGGGCUCUGCUCUUGGUUGGCCCCUCUAGGUGAAGUAGGGAGCAUUCCAAUAUUUCUAUGAGACAGAUAAGCCAUUCCUCUAGGUGCAGUGUGAUCAUUGCUCGCUGAGGUCCUGCUGGCGUCAAGAGGUCUCUGCAGCUCCCAGAAGAACAGAGCACUCAAACUCCCCUGAUGUCUGACCUGGAGUUUGGUCGCAUGUCCAUAAAGGAGGUGGAAAUGGAGGGCAAGUACAAACCUCGACAGCCUCACUGGUACGAGCUGUAUGCCCAGCCCUGCGUGGCAGAACUCCUGGGGUCAGCGUUGUUCAUCUUCAUCGGGUGCGCUUCAGUGAUUGAGAAUGUGGACGGCACAGGGAGGCUGCAGCCCGCCCUUGCGCAUGGGUUGGCUCUUGGGCUCAUCAUCGCCAUUUUGGGAAACAUCAGCGGUGGCCAUUUUAACCCAGCUGUCUCCUUGGCCGCAUGGUUGAUUGGUGGGCUGAACAUCAUGCUGCUCAUCCCUUACUGGAUCUCCCAGCUGUGUGGGGGACUGAUCGGAGCUGGCCUGGCAAAGGUUAUGACAACAAAUGACAGAUACAUAAAUGCCACUGGAGCGGCUUUCACUAGCAUCACAGACGACGGGCAGAUCCCCUCCGCCCUUGUGGGUGAGAUUGUCAUGACCAUGUUCCUGGUCUUAGCCGUCUGCAUGGGAGCCAUCAAUGAAAAAACCAGCAGCCCUUUGGCACCUUUCUGCAUUGGUUUCACUGUCACCGCUGACAUCCUAGCUGGAGGCGCUAUAUCUGGGGCUUGCAUGAACCCUGCCAGAGCUUUUGGACCAGCUCUGGUAGCAAACUACUGGGACUAUCACUGGGUUUACUGGGUAGGGCCCAUGGUAGCCAGCCUGCUAGUUGGUGCAUUGAUAAGGCUCUUGAUUGGCGAUAGGAAAAUCCGCCUGCUCCUGAAGUGAGCCCUGGAUUGGGCCUGCAUGCGGGACACAAUCACUUAUGGAUAGGAAAUUGGCUCUACUUGGCCCCCGGGAGAAACUCUACUUCACCACACACCAGCACCUCCAUUCUCACUGUCUGACCACAUGGAACUGCUCAGGGAUCCAAGCUUUCCAGUCUGUUUUCCCCAGAGAGCAGGUGUCGGCAGGAUGAUCCCACUUGACGCUACGGAUUCUGUAAAAAAAAAAAAAUCAAAACCAAAAACAUCCAUUGUAUUGAGAUUAAAGAGAAGGCCUGCCUGGCUUGGUAGAAGCGCUAGGAGCACUGGCCUUUCCUCUCUGUGCUGGGGCAGGGCCUCUUGCUACUGCACAAAUGGCAGCCAGAAGCCAGAGCAGUUGUCCUGGGGGUUAAUAUCCAGUAUGGAGAGAAGCUAAAAUGGGCAGGCGGGUCUGGCGGGCAGUGAUGAAGCAGUGCUAGCCUGGUUUGCACAGUGCUCCCGCUGGCAUGACAGUGCGACUGCAGUACCUUGAUGAUGCCAAUGUGCUUGCUGCUCCAGUCGCUGUGGGAAAUUCGCUUCCUUUACUUUUCUGUGCUGGAGAUGGGAGUGCCCAUCCCUGUGUUCCCCUGGCCCCACCGCGUUCCCGGCACAGUACAAGUGGUGCUUCUGGAGAAAGCACUUCUUUAUUGUGUCCCAUGGCCCCAUCCUGUGUGCUUGAUCUCCAGCAAUCUCUCCUGCUCCCCAGGGCUGGCUGACAUCUCUGCCGGUUGCCAGAUGCUGUAGUGAGCAGCCUGCUCUAAUCCUAAUAAGGUGAAUAAAAGCCGAGUUGAACAGAAA